AUGGACAUUAAAGAAUUCGAAGAUAAUAUAUGGAAUAUCUAUAAGGAUUUCAAUAAGGACGUGAAUGAUUAUUAUUUUUAUAAUAUAUACUCGAAUAAUAUAUUAUAUGAUAGUGAUGAUAAAGAAAACUAUAGAGAUAUAUGUGUCAAAAUAUUAAGGAAUUUAUAUUCGUUUUAUAAUAACAAUUAUGAUAAUAUGUGUAGUAGUACUGAAUGUUGCAAAUAUUUAAACUACUGGAUGAGUUACGUAAAAAAGAAACAUAAUCUUAGUGAUAAAUUGCUUCAAGCCACUUUAGUUGGAGCUAGUUUCUAUUUUUCUCCUAAUGAACCAGAUUCAUGUUUGGAAUAUACAUUAGAUGAAAAAUAUAAGGAACCAGAAAAAAUAAUAAAAUUAUUAUAUUUUCUAGAUAAUAUUUCUAUUAUUAAGAAUACAUUAUUGCAUAAAAAUAUUUCAAUGAACUGUGCAGGCCAAAGUUAUAUAUACGAAUGUAUUAAUAUAUAUAGCGAAUUGGAUGAGAAAUAUUGUUCUAAAGCGGAUGAAAAGAAUGGAGUGAACAAAAGCGUUUGUGAAAUAUUAGAUAAAUUUAAGACAUCAUAUACGGAAGAUUUUUAUAAUAAAGCAGGAAUAGCAGAUAAAACACCAGCUUUAUCUUCUUAUAUUAAUAUAAAAGACAUAGUCGGUUGCCAAGAAUAUAUAGGAAAAGAAAAAUCAUUUUUUGAUAAAGGUGAUAAUUCGGGUAGUUCUAUAUCAUAUAGUGUAUCUACAGCUGUUGGAACAAUGGCUGGGGCAUCAUCCAUAUUGGCACUAUUAUAUAAGGUUACACAAAGUUUUAUUUAA